AUGUCGACUUCUCUAACCUGGACCAACCAAAAUGGGACUCCUGCGAUCAAUCGCGACAAUUUGCGGGACUUUUUUAACCAAAGCCUGCAGAACUACGUUCCAAGCGUCUGCUUGCGGGAAGAAGCCCGCUGUGAGCAAGAUGGGAUGAGCUGCAACAUGAGUGCCAACGUUCGUCCGGGCGGUCAACCAAAUUUAACGGAAGGGGCGGGCGAAGCAGUAUUAUGCUACAGCUAUAGUAACCAGGAUCACGAUGGGGCGGGCAUUAACGACAACCUCGGCUCGUUCACGAUUGGUACAACCUACAACAUGAACAUCCAGUUCACCAACGCCCAUGGCAGUGCAUCCAUCGUCAUUAGCCAGCAUUUAGUGAUCAGCUAUGACAUGAGAACGUUCGCGACCGCAAGUAACGGAAAUGCGGUUGACAAAACUAUUGUUGACACUUAUACCCUCACUGUUGACGGAAAUGGUGUCCUGGGUGUAGUUGUGGAUCCUGUGGUGACGGACAAUUCAACUGCGCCUGACGAUGGCUUUCAGGACUUCUUCACUAGUUCCGACGGGUUUCUCGAGGAACUUCGAAGGUGGGGCGACGCUCUUCGAUCAACUGACGUUCCUCUAUCCAACACGGCGGCAUACAGCUUCCCAAGCGGCCAAACCGCUACUUUCAAGAGUGUUCAAUUCUCAGACAACCAGGACCUAGUUGCUUCUGUAGCAUAG